AUGGAGUAUCUUCACGAGGUCAAUGGCUUCAACGAGGCCAUUCUGCGGAGACAGUAUGGAUAUUUCAAAGACAAGUCUGGCAGAACCUUGAUCGCAACCCGAGUCAAGCUCAUGACGCUCAAGCCAGGUACUGUCGCGCCAGAACUGAUUCACAAGCAGGGGAUCUGGGACUCGCUCAAUGCACCCGACGGGAUUUCGGUAGAAAAGUAUCUGGAACUUUAUCUCGAAGAGGCACUACAUUCANGCAUCUAUGGAUGGAGCCUUACAGAUCUGGACAAGUUCUCCUUCUGGCACAUAACAGUCGUCAUACCGCCUCCGAGCUCAAAUCCUCAAACGAGCGCAUCGUCUGCACAUCGACUCCUUGUUAUCGCCGACCCGCCAGAGCUGAUGCCGCGAUUUCUGAGGACCGAGGACGCGUUCGUCAAAAGCACUCAAACGCAACACACAUGGAACGCAGAUCACGAAAAGCUUCGGGUCCUUGCUAUACUCUUCAAAUGGAUGGUUGAAGACUCCUCUAAGCUUGUUGAUGAUAUGAUGUACAAGGUGACGGAAAUGACUUAUAGAGGCCGACGUAUGCCUACCAGGAGUAAAAUCCAAUAUCUCAUUCAUCUGGAUGAUUGUCGCCGUCUUGCUAUCUUGAACUUGGAGCAUGGCAAGACUGUCGUCGAUGCAGCUCGAUCGACUGUAGAUAUGGUUGACUUCUGCUGUAAGAAAAGUGGAGGGCUAGAUGAAGCGAUGGCGAUCAAGACCUUCUCAAGCCUCCAUGACGACUUCGGCUUUCUGAUCAUGAAAUUUGAGGCACUAGAAACGACUCUAUCAACCGCAAGGGAACAAAUCAACGAACAAAUGGGCCUGGCUCAGGGGCAAAGAGCCCUGAUCCUCACAAUCGCCGCCGCUUUCUUUAUACCACUGUCUUUUGUUGCGGUAGGUCUAACAUACUCUUAUUGA